AUGUGGUGGAUGCUAUUUCCCCGAUGGAUUUGGUUUCUUCUUGGACAUUGUUACACUAUUCUCCUUUAUAUGGACCGUUGCCACGUGAGAGCAAUGCCUAUGCCUAUGUCUGUGGCAAAAGUGGUGUAUUCUCACGCAGGUUUGUGCCCGAAUGACCUGAACCCCAACCUGUGGGUGGAUGCUAUGAGCACCUGCACUCGCGAGUGUGAAUCUGACCAGGACUGUGAGACAUUUGAGAAGUGCUGCCUUAAUGUAUGUGGCAACAAGAGCUGUGUGGCAGCACGAUAUAUAGACAUCAAGGGCAACAAGGGCCCCAUUGGAAUGCCAAAGGGCGCCACCUGCGACAAGUUCAUGUGCUCCCAACAAGGGUCUGAAUGCGACAUCUGGGAUGGCCAGCCUGUUUGUAAGUGCCGGGACCGUUGUGAGAGAGAACCCCACUUCACGUGUGCAUCUGACGGCAUGACAUAUUAUAACAAGUGCUACAUGGAUGCUGAGGCCUGUUCCAAGGGUAUCGCUAUCUCUGAGGUCACCUGCAGGUACCACCUCACCUGGCCAAACACCAGUCCAAUCCCUGCGGAGACCACCCUGCAUCCAACCACUGCCCUCCAGACCACCCUCCCAGCUGACAUCCAGCUCCCCACCAUACAUAGCGGCCCCACCCAACAGGCUGUUUUUGUGGGUGAGACAGCCAGCUUCCUGUGUGAGGUGUCAGGGAAGCCACGUCCGGAAAUCACCUGGGAGAAACAACUGAAGGGCAAAGAGAACACCAUAAUGAGACCUAAUCAUGUCCGAGGGAACGUUGUGGUCACUAACAUUGGCCAGCUGGUCAUAUACAACGCACAAGUUCAGGAUGCUGGCAUCUAUACAUGCACAGCCAAAAAUGUUGGGGGAAGUGUAUCAUCACACUUUCCUUUGGUAGUGAUCAAGAGAGAAUCAAAUGGUAAGAAUGUAGAGGGAAAUAGUACCAACCUGCCAUUUCCAGCUGAAGAGUGUUUAAAAAGUCCAGACACAGACGACUGUGGAGAGGAGAGCAUGAGCUGGUACUAUGAGUCAAAUCGGAACAAUUGCUUUACCUUCACAUACAGUCAGUGCAAUAAAAACCGUAACCAUUUCAGCACCUAUGAAGCUUGCAUGCUGUCAUGCGGAGGAGAGCUGGCAGCUCCCUGUAGCCUACCAAGCCUCCAAGGGCCUUGCAAGGCCUAUGAGCCUCGCUGGGCCUAUAGCAGCAGCCUCAAAAAGUGCCAGUCCUUUGUCUAUGGAGGCUGUGGCGGCAACGAGAACAACUUUGAGUCCAAAGAAGCCUGUGAAGAGAUGUGUCCCUUUCAGAAGAAUCACAACUGUAAGAUAUGUAAACCUCGAGGUAAGAUGGUAACUAGCUUCUGCAAGAGUGACUUUGUGAUUUUGGGGCGUGUGACAGAGUUGACAGAGGAGCAAGAGUCCGGCCAUGCUUUGGUGACAGUGGAGGAGAUCUUGAAGGAUGACAAGAUGGGUCUGAAGUUCUUUGGCAAAGAACCUUUGGAGGUGACUCUCCUGAACAUGGACUGGAACUGCCCCUGUCCCAAUAUCACUGUUGCCGAGGGACAGCUCAUCAUCAUGGGAGAUGUUCAUAAUGGGAUGGCCGUCCUGCAGCCCGACAGCUUUGUAGGUUCCUCCAGCACUCGCAGAAUCAGGAAGCUCCGUGAAAUUGUCCACAAGAAAACCUGCAGUUUCCUUAAAGAUUUCUCUGCCGUCCAGUAG